ACUUGUCACUCAACACUCCAAAGUCUGUUACUCUGUCUGAUUCUAUCCAGGCCCUUUCCCUCUCUCUUUCUAUCUGAGAUUGACGGACUCUCCUUCUCCUUUUCCUUCCUCCGUGUCCUCAGGAAUCCACGAGAGAGAAAAAGACAAAGUUAAGGAAGUAGCUGGUAGAUCCGAUGGCUACCAACGAUAAGAAUACGACAGAAGGAUGGCUCCUAAUAUCACACGACAUGAGUUCUACUGCUGAAUGGCAGAAGAGAUACUGUAUAAUAGCUCAUGAUGACAGAAAAUUGUACUUCUUUUUAGACCAAGACACUGCCAUUAUUAACAAGCCUCCUUCUUCCCCAAGAUUCAACCUCAGACCAUCAGAUGGUAUAGAUGGUGCUGCUAUGUCCUCUUUAAGAAGGGGCAGUACCAAUGCAGGUGGUUCCUAUACUCUAUCACCAGGUGACCCCUCCCCCUUUCAGAGAGGAGCACGUACCACUAGAAGUUUUAGAGAUCGUGUGAAGUCUUUGAAGGCGCCCAAGAAAGUCCCUCAGAGACAACAGGCAGAAACUCACUCGUCUACCAGCGGUGAUCUCAUUCUCCCUAGAAUGAGAGGUGGUCGUUCACUUGAUAACCUUCACAGGGUCAGCAUGGCUGAAGGAGGGGGAGAGAAUCAACCCAGUCUAGGGGAACCUGGAACAUUUGUUGAUUUGGCAACAAAAGGUACUCUAAGCAUUCAGCUGGUUCAUCCUAGCGUAUCGCCGAGACACAGCUGCUUCAGACUAAUAACUGACAGUGAUAUUAUAUAUGCGUCUUGUGGAUCUGCUGAAGAACUGGAUAGAUGGGUUACUAGCCUAAACAAGUUUCAUCGGCCAAAUCGUGAUCACCUAAGACGUCUCAAUACCCAGGUUUUCAUUUGGAUCUUUGAGGCCCGUCACCUCCAACCCAAGAAGAAAUACUAUUGCGAAAUAUACUUGAACAACCUCCUCUACUCUCAGACCUGCUGCAAACCAAUGUCGGACAUUUUGUUUUGGGGAGAACCCUUUAAUUUUGAGGAGCUACCAAUGGUUGGCUCCAUACAAAUAAGACUCAUCAAGGAAACCUACAAGAAGAAAGACUGUAUCACUGAACUGAUUGGGAAGAUUGACAUACCAACACUAGUACUGGAGAAUAACAGCCAAAUAACUGAGAAAUGGUUUCCAGUUACUCUACAGCAGACUCCUAAAGCACAAUCAAGUCAGAAAGAAAACCCUUCAAUUAGAAUAAAGAUACACUAUCAGGUUGUGUCUAUCUUACCAUUGAAGCAUUACAAUGGUCUAUUAAAGUAUAUUACGACUAACUUUGCCUCGUUGUGUGAGGUUCUUGAGCCAGUCAUAUCGGCGAAGGUGAAGGAUGAGAUAGCUCAGACUUUAUUGAAGAUACUGGAGCACAGUGGGAAGGCAAAGGAGUUCCUGUGUGACAUUGUAAUGGCUGAAGUUCAGCACGUUGAUAAUGAGAAUCUGAUAUUUAGAGGUAACACAUUUGCAACCAAAGCUGUUGAUACAUAUAUGAAGAUGGUUGGAGAAGCUUAUUUGCGUGAAACUCUGAAGCCGUUCAUUAAUGAUCUCCUUGAGUCAGAGGAUGAUUGUGAAGUGGAUCCAACCCGUCUCCCACCCACGGCCUCCCUCACCAACAACCAACAGAACCUAACGAGACACGUAGAGAAGGUGUGGUUUGAUAUACUGUCGUCAUGGACACGGUUUCCAAGUGAUCUUCGUGAUACCCUGUAUGGUAUAAGACAGAGGUUUGGUUCUGAGAAAGAAGAGGCCUGCUUCAAGCUAAUAAGUGGCUCAAUCUUUCUAAGAUUCUUCUGUCCAGCCAUACUAUCACCGAGCCUUUUCCAGCUCUGUCAAGAGUAUCCGGAUGAGAAAGUAUCGCGAAAGUUGACGCUGGUGGCAAAAGUUAUACAAAACUUGGCAAAUUUUGCAAGGUUUGGCGUCAAAGAGGAGUACAUGUGUUUCAUGAACGAUUUCGUUGGACGAGAGAUUCAAAACAUGAAACAGUUCAUUGAUAGAAUAUCAUCUCCAGUUCCAGACAGUUAUCCAGUGGUAGAAUGGGGUCCAUUUCAUAUCGACUUAGGACGGGAGUUAUCGAUAGUUUCUAAUCUUUUAUUAACACUAAUACCUUCACUAAAAGAAGAGGCUUUGGCCCAGGUUUCAGAGCUCCCUGGUAUAUUGGAUGGGAUCAAGCAGACGAUGGAGGCAUCCACUGAAGAUCCUUUCACUGCUACCUUUGAAGCUCUUCGUGUCAUGCAAUCCACCAUCUCUAAAUUCACACCACAGAGCCUAGCGUCUCAGUCGUUAGGUUCUGCUGAGUUUAUGACUAAUUCCGCCACCACCUCACCAGUUACUGAGAGACGGCCUCGCUCUCACGCCCUCCUCUCUGUCUCCCCCGCCCACUCAAGACAGACCAGUGCACCAAUAGAGUUUACUGGAAGUGUUAACUCAUUGCCCUCACCUUCACAUUCGCUACAUUUAUCAAAGCCUUCAUACGGUCACAGACCCUCUUCCUCAAUGCCCCAGCAGCAGCUGUCACAGCUCCAUGAGUCAAGACAGUCAAGUGAGUCACGGACAUCAGUCACCAGCAGCAACAGCCCCUCUCCUACCAAUGGAAAGACCCAGUUAUCACCAUCUCAUGGACCUACUACUGUACCAAGAAGGAAUUCUGAUAGUGCAGUUCGGAUUCACGCGGUCAAGUCAAGCAAAUCGAUAGAGAGCAAUUUGUCAAUGAAGUUUGACCAGACCUUACACAUGGCAGAUUUGACAGCUGAGAAUUCCGAUCUCAUACAAGAAAGAGACAAAAUGAAACUUGAAAUCCUCGAGCUCAGAGAUCGACUCCAAGAUGUCGAAAAAGAUAAUGAGGGACUCAGAAAUGACCUGGCCCUCUCGGAAACCCUCCGCAAGAAGGCAGAGACUGAAGUAAAAUCCCUGAAAGAGAACAGAGGCAAGGUUCUACGAGGACUUAGUACCCAAACUGAAAUAGCAACAGCUCAAUUUCGUCUCGACUUUGAGAAUCUCAAGAAGCAGCUUGAAAGCAAGGAAGAGGUGAUCGCCCUCCAGGAGAAGAAAAUUAAAAGUUUGAUAGAGUCGAAUUGUACUCUUCGUAACGGUCUGGAGCAGGUCCAGGGGGCCCCCUCGAUGGGUCAUAUUGAGAGCGAGGAUGACGAAGGGGUCCAGUCUAGCCUGGUUUUGAAUGGACACUCACGACGCGUGAAUCCAGUACAAGCUGAACUUGCCAAAUUUAUAAAACAGCUGGACAUUUGAGCCCAUCUCUCCCUCCCUCUCUCUCUCUCUCUUCCUCUCUCCUUUCUUCUGAAUAUACCUCAAUUAUUAAGAAAUUGUCACUGUCGAUCCUCUUUAAAAAGAGAGAGAGAGGGAAGGAGGACUAUAUUCUCUUUAAUGUUAGUGUUUGUUGUUGUUGAUGUGUGUGUGAUUAUUUGUAUCCAUGUCAAAUUUUUAUCAGUUUAUCAGACAAU